AUGGCGGAGCCAAGCUUGAAUCAUUUCCCCAUGCCUGGAAAUGGAGGCGCGGGUCUUGCUCAGCCCGCCGCUAAUGGUGGUAAUCAUCCCACUGUCGGGGCGCGAGCUUCUCGCAAGUCAAUCAGCUCCGGCGCAUUUGCACCCACGAGUGCUUCAGCGAGACGCGCCAGCUUGAGUGCUCGCAAAGUCAGCACCGAUCCAUCACGAGACCCGAACAAUUUCCUUCGGCCGCGGGGUACACAGCCAGACUCGGGACGAGAUGAGCCUAAAGUGCCCUCCUCCGUCCGAAGCCUCAAGGCAAAGUCUUUCCAGCCCACUGCACGAGAGCCACCCGGGGCUUAUCUGACCGCGUCUGGGACCUCGGACCACAGCCGAUCGUCGUCGACUAAUGCUGUUCGCACACCGGUCAAGAACACAACCGGAACCCUACUGCACAACGCCCACUCUUCGUGUUCAUCUUCCAAGCGUAUGUCUGUCAUGCCGCAUGCAACUGGUUUAGGUGCCCGUACCAUCAGUCCCACGGAUGCACGCCGCAUGAAGCGGAUGUCCAUUGCACCUCCUGCACCUCCUAUGCCACAUACCCCACCCACCCAGACGGAGCCCCUUCCUGUUCGGCCUCUUUCCUCGAACUCAAUCCCCUUCCUUCCUCCCAAGAAAAAGCAUCACCCCAUCCUCUAA